AACAGUGUUGUUGAAGUUUUAGUGUUUAUAUUAAUACAAAGCAAUGAUUCGUGUAGCAGUAAUAGGUGCUGGGGCUGCUGGUUUAUGUGUAGGUAGAUAUCUUGCUGCCCAACCYAAUGUCUUUAGUACAGUCAUUUACGAAAAAAACAGUUGUGUUGGUGGGACGUGGGUAUACACUGAUCGAACUGGCUAUGAUGAACAUGGUUUGCCAAUUCAYUCAAGCAUGUACAAGAAUCUAAGGUCAAAUCUUCCCAAACAAGUGAUGGCUUUUCCUGAUUUCCCUUUCCCAGAUGACAUGGCAUCAUACAUGACACAUCAUGAAGUUUACCAAUAUCUUGAGGACUAUACAGAACACUUUUCACUAAGAAACCUUAUACACUUGAACCAUCAAAUAGAGUGUAUAACACCAAAGGUUCAAGACAACAACAMRAAUCUUUGGGAGGUUACUGUGCAAGAUUUAACCAGUAAAGAGAAGAUGACAUCUUAUUUUCAUGCUGUAGUGGUGUGUAAUGGGCACUACUCAGAUCCUAAGAUACCAGAAAUUCCAGGUCUUCAGAAAUUUCCAGGCACUGUAAUGCACAGCCAUCAUUAUAGAAGUCCAGAAAUGUUCUCUGGUAAAAARAUUGUKCUUGUUGGUGCAGCUGCUUCUGGUAUUGAUAUUAGUUUAGACUUGUGCAAUGAAGCUCAGUCUGUUUACCUUAGUCACCAUGGGAACCGCAUAACAUGCACAUUACCAAGUAACCUUGAACAGCUUAAUGAUAUAAGUAUGAUAGAGGAUGAUGGUACGAUUGUCUUUCAAGAUGGUGAAAGACGACAAGCUGAUGUCAUCAUGUUUUGUACAGGAUAUCUGUUUUCUUUUCCAUUCCUCAGCAAGGAGUGUGGAAUCACUGUUCAGGACAGUCGAGUAACACAUCUAUAUAAACACUUAUUCAAUAUAAAGUUCCCAUCGAUGGCAUUUAUWGGCCUGCCAAUACGUAUCUGUCCUUUCCCUCAGUUCAGUUUACAAGCAAGGCUUAUUGUUGCUGUACUAAUGAAGAAAACAGUACUACCAUCAACAAAGGAAAUGCUUGAGGAUGAAGAAAAAGACUUCCAAGCCAAGAUGUCCCAGGGAAUUAAGCACCAUUAUGCUCACUUCUUAGGMCCUCAUCAAUGGGACUAUAACAAYGAGAUCACUGAAUUAGCACAKUGUGAUCCAAUCCAUCCAGUUGUCSAAAAAUUGUAUAAUCAUUGCACUUAUUAUAGAAAGAAUGACGUGAUGAACUAUAAAAACAAAGAAUUCAAAGCAACUUCAACAAUGUUUSAAUCAUUGAACUAACAAAAGAAAUUAAAARCUUUUAUUUCUGGGACUUAAAACUUGUUUGCAAAAAAUUUAAUUAUAUCUGUAUUUCUUAAUUUUUUGUUUUUGUUUUCUUUGUAAAUUUAUUUAGCUCAAAUGCUUAUAGCAGAUUUGAAUAASCACUAUGUAAGCCUUAUCAUUUUUAUUAUUACUAUUAUUUUUAUUAUGAAAUUAUUAAUAUAAUUGUUAUUUUUUAUCUCAAAACCAGUAUUUUGCAAACAAGUGAGAUAAAUAAAAUAUUCAUUAUGGGUAAGAAAAUUGAAUGUACAAAUAAAUAUAGAAUUGGCAUUGGAAGGUUUGAAUCAAUAAGCUAACAAAUUAAAAUUGCA